GACGAGGUGCCCCGCGAAGUGGCCGCGCGCCCGCAGACUGAGCGCCUCUCCUCGCGCCGCUGUCAUGUGAAGCAGAAGCAGAAGCAGAAAUAGAAAGAGAAGCAGAAGCCUGCGCGCGUCCCCGUGGCUAUGACAGCAUCAUGAGACUCCCCUGCUCCAUCUUCGUGUCCGUGUCGCUGUUCACGGCCGAGACCACGGCAGCGCUGUACCUCAGCAGCACGUACCGCUCCGCGGGGGACCGCAUCUGGCAGGGGCUCACGCUCCUCUUCGCGCUCGUGCCCUCCGUGCUCGUGCAGCUCACGCUCACGUUCAUCCACCGCGACCUGAGCAGGGACAGACCGCUCGUGCUGCUGCUGCACAUCCUGCAGCUCGGACCCAUAGUCAGGUGCCUGGAGGCCUUCUGGAUCUAUGGCAGCAUAGGGAAGAUUGAGGAGCCGUACGUGAGCAUCACCAGAAGGAAACAGCUGCCCAAAAAUGGACGGACAGAAGAGGUGGAGAAGCAGGUGGGCCAGGCGGAGGGGAAGCUGUUCACCCACCGUGCCGCCUUCUCCCGUACCUCCGUCAUCCAGGCCUUCCUGGGCUCUGCCCCCCAGCUGACCCUGCAGCUCUACAUCUGCGUGCUGCAACAGUCCGUUUCCAUCGGAAGAGGCACAUUGAUGGUAAUCUCAUUGCUGUCAAUAGUGUACGGUGCCCUGCGCUGCAACAUCUUAGCAAUUAAAAUCAAGUAUGAUGAGUAUGAGGUGAAUGUGAAGCCUGUGGCCUACCUCUGCAUCUUUUUAUGGAGAAGCUUCGAGAUCGCUACCCGGGUGGUGGUCCUGGUCCUCUUUAGCUCUGUGCUCCAGAUCUGGAUUCUGCCUGUGGUUCUCAUCAACUUCUUCACCUUCUUCUCAUACCCCUGGAUCCUGUUCUGGUGGAGCAGGUCUCCCUUCCCUGAGAACAUUGAGAAGACUUUCACACGCGUAGGAACCACUAUGGUCUUGUGUCUGCUGACCUUCCUGUAUGCUGGCAUAAACAUGUUCUGCUGGUCCGCAGUGCAGCUGAAGCUUAGCGAUCCUGACCUGAUCAACAAGUCCCAGAACUGGUACCGUAUGGCUGUGUACUACAUGCUGCGCUUUGUGGAGAACGCCACACUCAUCCUCCUGUGGUACGUGUUCCAGACAGACUUCUACCAGUUCAUCUGCAGCCCCCUACUAGUCCUGCAGCUUCUCGUGGGCUACGCCAUCGGUAUCUUCUUCAUGCUGGUCUUUUACCAGUUUUGUCAUCCCUGCAAGAAGCUCUUCUCCUCCAGCAUCUCUCGUGGUCUGUGGGAGUGGUCAAACAUCCUCUACCUGUACUGCAGACCUGUGCCGGAAGCAGGCGCCGCCUUCAAGGUGGCUCUAAGUCCACCGGUACCCUCAGACCAAGACGCCACAAAUGACGCUGCUUGUGAUGUGAACGGCGGCCUUAAUCAGACCCUGUCGUGUAAUGCAUAAGUUCUGUUGACAUGUCACUUUUCCCAGAAAAUUCCUUCUAAGCUAUGCAGCCUGUACUCAAUAAUAAAGCGGUAUUGACUGCAAAUUUGUAAGCUAUUCUGUGGUCCAGUAUUGCACUCUGCAGAUUACAAACAGCCAAUACCUGAGGUGUGCAUGUGAGACUGUAUCCCCAGUCCACCUCAGCUAUGCAUCAUGUCCUCAGUUUUUAUUUUCAUAAAUGUUUUAUGAUGCAAAAUACUGUGCUUUGAAAGUACAUGCCUUAGGUUAUGAUUGCGUAACCCUUUGGAGGGUGUUAUUUCUUUUUGUAUUUUUAUGAAAAAAAUAUUCUGGUAGAAGAUCGAAAAGCCAUAUGUUAAGAACGGGCAAAUAUCCGAUGGGAAAAUCAGCAAGCAAAAAGGGCUGAAGGUUUAAUAGUGAUAUAUUUUAAUGUCUA